AUGUCCUGGUCCUCAGUCUCGAAGAGCCUCCUUGCUGUCUGUGUUAUCACGGAGUUUGCUGUGAUCUUUGCGGAGAAUUUCACCUGUGAACAUUCUUUAUGUAUAAAUGGAGACUGUCUGAUCAAUGGUUCAUGUGAGACCUCUAAAAGCUGCUUCAGCCAAACACAGGAACUUAAAAUGCCAGAACUGUCCAGAAGCCAAACUUUGCAUGAGAAAGGCUGUUCUCCAGAUGAAUGUACUGAACUGGCAUUCUCAGCCACACUGGGGGACCAACGGACAUUUAGAUAUGACCAUCGAUGCUGUGCUGCUGAUACAUGCAACCAAACAGACACGCAAUCAUCUCAGGUGCCUGCAGAAGCCAAUGGUGUUCAGUGUCUUGCCUGCUAUAUGGAGGCAGGCAUACAGUGUACUCCAACUCUCUUAAAUUGCACGGGGAGCGAGACGAAGUGUGUUUCAGUUAUUGGCACAGAUGCUGGAAUCAAUAGUCCCCCUUCGAUAGUGAUGAUUGGAGUGGGCUGUGCGACAGAAAGCGCCUGCAACUUGAAUAUGACAGUUUUAAAAACUGUAAACAUUCAUUCCUUCUGCUCCAGUGGGUUUUCUGUACUUCCAACCUCCUCGCCAACUACAGAUAGCACGGGCCUUCCACCUACGACCUCAACAGCUACAGAUAGCACGGGCCUUCAACUUAAAUCCUUCUCAGCAGUACUAGUACUGAUUAGUCUCCUCUUGCUGAAAGUCUUUUUCUGA